AUGUCGCAAUUAACAGUGACGUCAAGUUAUUUGAAACCUCAAAAUGCUGAUAAAAAUGAGGAAGAAGAGGAGGCGGCAAAGGAUGAGAUUCGAAAAUUGCGAGAAAAUGAGCUUAGUUGGGUGCAAGAGAAAAGAGUUGUUAUGUUAAUCGAUGAAUCGUUGGAAAAUCUCAAACAUUGUUGUGCAAAACUGAAUCUUGGUUCGAAAUGCGAUGAAAGAUUGCAAAUUCCAGUUUUACAAACAACAACUGAAAAAUAUAGCCUAACUCCACGCCAAGGAGCACAAGAUACAUUGAAAGCAUCCGUUACAUUAUUAGAUGAUAAUGUAAUACAAGCAGAAGUAUCAAUAAAAUAUCCAAAAGCUGGAGGUGGAUAUUUUCGAGCUGUUGCUCAACCAGAUGUUCAAUGGAAACUUCAACAACUUCAAGAUUUAGGCAAUUAUAUUUCAAGAGUAACAAUCGCAUUUUGUGAUUUGAAAGAUCAAUUAACUCAUAUGUCUGUAUAUACAAAUGAUUCCGGAAAACGAGUUCUCGAAGAUUUGAGACAAAUCAAAAAUGAAUUAUGUUUAGCAAGAGCUUCAAUUCAAUUACCAAGAAAGAGGAGUUUAUUAGAAUUAUGCUAUUUUCCGCCAACUCGGAAAUUUGUGCCACAACUCCCACAAGAUCAAUUAUUAUCAUUUUAUAUUUCAAGUUGUCGAUUAGUCUGUGCAAGUUAUCAAAUGGUUCCAAAAACUGUACAUCCACAAGGAUUAUCUGUUUUUAUGGCUGAAUGUAGAUUGCCAUAUUUAGAUGAGGUAAUUUUUUUAUAAAUAAAAAGUUUAUGUUGUCGACUUAAAACUAAAUAACUCUAAAUUUUAUUUUUAUGGAAUCAUUGAAAUUUGGAUCUAAAACUUCCGGAAUCCGGAAAUUGGGAGCUAAUAACUAGAGAUUUUUUAUUAUUUGCUAAAAAUUUGUAAACCUUCCCAGAAAUUUUGAAAAUCCCUUCUCUUCCUAUCAAACUCAAUAUAUUUUUCCAGAUUCUCCGCCGCCUAAAUCACACAAUGAAUUCAGUUCAACGACUCAUCGGAUACAUUGAAAUCUAUCAAAAUUAA